AUGUAUUUAAAAAUGCCUAGAAAAUUUGUAUUUUAUUUAAUUGUUUUACAAACAAUUUUUGAGUGUAUUGUUGGGGAUUUUAUGAGAAGUACUGAUGCUGAAAUACUUUACAAAAUAAGUUGGCCCGGUAAAAUUGAUACUGAAAUUUCAGAUAAAUUUGAAGAAUAUCCAAUUGUGACAGCUGCCAAUGAAAGGUAUACAUGUAGAAUUCCGGAAUUAAAAAAACAAGUUAAAGGAUCGGAGGAGCCUUAUACAGGACCGAAUCCAAUUGAAUUACUUGCUCCAUUGUUUGAUCAAAAGCUAUGUUCAUUCAAGUUAGAGUCAUAUUGGACUUAUGAAAUAUGUCACGGUAGAUAUGUUAAGCAGUAUCACGAAGAGCGAGAAGGAAAAAAAGUCAAAAAGCAAGAAUACUUUCUCGGUAACUUUGAUAAACUUCAACGAUCAAAGUUGUCAGCUGAAUAUGAUGAAAGAGCGAAAAAUCCUGGCAAGUAUCAAAUACCAACUAAAAAGUUCGAGGGCAUUCGUAUGCCGUAUGUUGAAGUGCAAAUGACUGAUGGGACAGUCUGUGAUUUGAGCAACAAGCCCCGUACAAUAAAACUGCUGUAUGUUUGUCAUCACAUGGGAAAACAUGAAAUUUACUCGCUCGAAGAAGUUUCCAGUUGUGAAUACGAGGCGAUUAUUUUGUCUCCGUUCAUCUGUAAUCAUCCUGACUACGAUCCACGGUUGACUGAUGAAGACGAAAUAACCUGCAUUCCACAGGACAAGUCACCUAAAAAACCUAAAGCGCUGGCUGCUUUGGAAGCUCAAAGUCUUAAGCUGCGACAUCAAAAAUCCACGGAAGAGAAGCCACAGAAAGUCGUUGCGAUAUUCCGCUUAGAUAAGGACACACAGGAUGGAGAACCGCAGCUGCGUAUUGAACUUCAUCCAGCUGACGCUAUUGAAAAAAAUGGUGAAGAAUAUUUACAUUCACUGUUGGAUGCUAGCUCUGUGUCCACGGAUACUAAUCCUGUUCAAAGUUUCCUCAGUGGUAAACAAUGCUUACACGGGGGAGACGGAUGGUGGAAAUAUGAAUUUUGUUAUGGCAAAUCAGUAGUCCAGUAUCACGUAGAAAAAAGUGGUAACAAAAUAACAAUCGACUUAGGUAACUUUGAUAAGAAAAAACAUAUCGAGUGGAUUGAAGCUCAUCCUCAAAAACGACCUAAGCCUCUGGAGCAACGAAAGCAACUGUCACACUUUUACAGCGAUGGAAGUUAUUGCGAUGAAAUGAAAAAGAAGAGACAGACUGAAGUAAGAUUAAAGUGUGUUGAUGUCUCUGGCAGCCCAUCAAGUGUAUCAUUAUUUUUGCUAGAACCCAAAACGUGUGAGUAUAUCCUCGGGGUAGAGUCACCGCUUAUAUGUAAUAUUCUUGAACACGUUGAUGAGAAUGGGCUUAUCAAUGAGUCUGCAAAUUUUGAUUUUGACUCCGUGAAAAGCACAUUAGUUUCUCCAAAGAAAAAACAAGUGGAAGAUAAAAAGAGAACUUCAGAUGAAUUAUAA